CAGAGUGAGGCCUCUUCUUGCUCUGCCUCCCCUCCACGCUCUUUGAUGUCCACGUCCCCGGGGUGUCCGCGUCCUGCCGGCUGCCUGCGAUGAGCUACGCGCUCCUGCUUUAGAAAAAAAACACAGAAGGAAAACUUCAUAGAAAUGGCGGAGGGUGCUACGACUCUCAAAGGCUUGCGAGCCCAAAUGGCUGCAGCUGCACAGGCUCAAGCCGAGGAGCGGCGUAGCCUGGCAGGGAGCAGUCCAGGACCUCCAACCAACACACCAGCUAAACCUCAGGGGUGUAAGCCAGUCAUCGACGGUGCUGCACUUAGAAUAGAUGACCGACUGCGAGUGGCAAAAGAGAGGCGAGAAGAGGCAGAUAAACAACACGCUUUGCGAGAGUCUCAGAUCAUGGAGCGGGAACGCAAGGCCAAGCUGCAAGUGGAGCGUCAGGUGGAGGAACGUCAGAAAAAGGUUGAGGAACAGCGAAGAAAGGAGGAGCAGAAACGAUUGGCUGUGGAAGAGAAGAGGAAGCAGAAACAGGAAGAGGAAAAGGAGCACUACGAAGCAGUGAUGCGGCGGACAUUGGAGCGAAGUCAGCGAGUGGAGCAGAGGCAGAAAAGAUGGUCCUGGGGAGGACUAGACUCAGAUGGACGAACAGGAGACUCUGAUGCCAGCACCUCAUCUCCAGUAACAAUAGUUAUCUCCCAAGCCUCGCCAGAAAAGCCACCAAGGAAUCGACAAGUGGACAAGCGCUCCACAUCCACCAUGAACCUGAAACAGCCGUCUGAGGCUGGCAUCAACAAACGCCUUUCUUCCUCUUCUGCCACCCUCGUCAAAUCUCCUGACAAAAGGCUUAAGCCGAGGAGUUCGUCUUGUAACCGGUUGCCUAGCAAUGGCAAUGCUGCUCAGGCCAGUAAGGAAGACGGCAAAAAGCUUCAGGUGGAACAGACAGGCCGUUCCAUGAAGAAGAGAAGUUCCUCCCUCACACGAGUAAGUGUGGGCAGACCACAGACCCCUGCCAAGCCUGAUAAGGGGACAGCGGAUGAUGAAGCUCGCAGGCCACCGGCCAGCACUGCGGACGGAGGGUUCCUUAGUCGCCUGCUCACCCCCACCCAGGCCUCACUAGCUAGGAGCAAGAGUGCCGCCGCCCUGUCAGCUGAAGGAACAGAUGCUCCAGAGUGUCACCUAUGUCCUCGCUCAGCCUCUGCCAGUCCCCUGCACCCACCGCGUGGACCUGUGCGGAGCCGUAGUAUUGACCGGCAGAAGAGCGGCAUGACCACCUCUGUGUCGGCCGACGGAGCCCUCGACCCUUCACUGAAAGACAAGCAGUUAACAUCGCCUGCAGGGCAACGUCCCGCCUCGCCGUCUACUUCCCUGGGACGCAACCGUUCACCAUCCCCUGCCCCUAAUCCAGCCCCAAAGAGGACCCCCUCCCCAGGAACAGCCAAGCAAAAUUCCAAGACACGCCCAUCCUCACCUGGUGCAAUGAAACAACGUCCCCCAUCCCCCCAGCCUACAUCAGCCAAACCUCCACCUAUCCAGAAACCAGCUCUGACACCAACUGGACCCCCCACCUUGCGAAAGAGGGAUUCAAAGUCCAAGGAUCUGUGUCCUGUUCAAGCUAUGUCUCCACAGUCCUCUGAUUCUAGCAAGACCAAAGACAAAGAUGAUUCUAAAUCCUCGGCGGGCACCAACUCGGCUGCUGAGGCCGCCAAGAUCCUGGCGGAGAACCGCAGACUGAUGCGAGAGCAGAAAGAGAGAGAGGAGCAGCUCAGGAUACAGAGGGAGGAAGAGGAGAAGUUGAGAAAAGAAGAAGAGGAGCGCUUGGCGGAGGAGGCUCGACUGAAACGCGUGGAGGAGGAGAAGAAGCUUGCAGAGGAGAGGAAGAUUAAAGAGGAGGAAGAGGCUCGCUUAGCAGAGGAGGAACGGUUGAGACUGGCAGAAGAGGAGGCAGUGAGACAAGCCGAGCUCCAGAAGGAACGAGAGGAGGCCGAGGCCAAGGCCCUGGAGGAGGCGGAGAGAGUCCGCCAGGAGAGAGACCGCAUCAUGCAGCAGAACCAGCAAGAACGAAUGGAGAGAAAGAAGAGAAUUGAAGAGAUAAUGAAGAGGACAAGAAAAGGGGAACAAAAUGACUUGAAGAGUGAUGGGGGCGAAGGUGAUAAAGAGGAGGGAAUGGACCAGAUGAACUCUGAAACCAUGAGCCAGAUGGAUGACAUGGCUGUGGAAACCUACACGGAUGAGUGCGGCCUGUCCUCUGGCGAGCCAGUGGAAGAAGACAAACUCCUGGGUAGUGUGAAUGGAAAACCCGAGACGGACGACAAGGAGAAUAACAAUGGCAUGAGCACAGAGGAGACUCAGGCAGUGAGUCCAGUCCCUAAGAGCCGCCUCGUCGAGGGCUCAGAGUUCCUGAAUGAGCAGGACUCCGCCAAGGUGGGGUUGGUUUCAGGUCUCAAUGGUAAAUCCAACCAAUGGAGCUUCGAGGAACUCAUUGACCUCAACGUCCAUUCCAAGACACCCCUCAUCAAGGCAGAGGACUGUAACCAGGUCUUGAUUAACUGUGAUGGGAGCUCAGAUGGUACUAGGGUAGCCUUCGAGGACAAGGGAACCCCCGUGAACCCUCUGCAUUCCUCUAAUCAACCCGUAGAAGCCCUGCCAGAGAUUUGAUGCUGCGGCCAUCGCUGAGAAGCCUCUUACUGUUGCACUCGAAAAGUUCCUGUCUCGCUGAGCUCCUCUAAAAAAAGAAAGAAAGAAAAAAAAAGAAAUGCCCCGUCAAUUCCAAACGGCUUCCUCCUCUUCCAGAAGGAGCACAAGGUGAAGCAGAAAGACCACAAGUGCUGCAUGAAAUUUCAUGCUUCAGGGAAAUAUUCCUCUAACAUGCUCGCUUCAGGUUUCUUUCCUCUUCCUCUUGUGUUAAGUUUUUUUGUUUUGUUUUUUUUUCUAUGUUGUGUCCAAUUUUGAUGUUUUUUAAGAGUCGUGUCUUCGUCAGGGGUGCAUUGUUGUAAUUUAUUAAUUUUGGCUUCCUUGUUAUUGUAAUUAUUGUUAUUAUAUGUUUAGUCUUUUUUUUUCUCUCUUAUGAGAAAUAUUCCAGGACACAUGUACACGAGGCUGUGAAUUGAAUAUGAGGUUAAUAUCGCGAGUUGAAGGAAGGGACGUCGAUACAUUCUCUUGUGUUGGUUGCUGUGUGGGGAUAGCGUACCAGGUUUUGCAUGUGAUUCAUCUAAAUCUACUUGACCGGCUGCUUUUUGCAGCAUCCAGUAAAUAUAUGGCCUUACCAUUCGAAACUUUGAGAAGUGUGAAUAUACUAAAUUGCUUGUGUUGAAGCUCACAAACGCACAAUUUAGCAAUCAUCCAUCACAUGCUUGCACUUCAAGGUGGAUUCUGUAUUCAUACUUCACACAUCUCUGUCCGUUCAGCCCCAUUGUUCAUGCGUAACACACUCGCCUGUCUCCCCAUCUUCUCUCAUUGUGUGUUUCCUCCUUUUGGCCACUAGAGGGCUUCAGGAGCACAACUUCUACUGUUACAUUUGAAGCUGAUGAGUGUUGAGAUUUAUAAUAACACUGUAGUGUUCGAUGAAGUUUCAGCUGUUUGUUGAUUUUAGGGCUCAUGGUUCAUUUAGGUUUUGU